AUGCAGCCAGAGGCAACUACAUCGGCAGGCGCUGAGCGUCUCAACCCUUUAGGUUGUCUCGUAAAAAGUACGACCGAUAGAGGCAGAGGUGUCUAUGCCUCUCGUUUUAUACCCAGAAACACGAUCAUAGAAAUUAGCCCAGUUUUGUUGUUCUCCAAGAAAGAGUAUGAAGCACAUGGAAAAUAUACCCUGCUUGAUCAUUACACCUUCAUUUGGACGGAGGGUAGAAUGGCGUUGGCGCUAGGGCUCGGGUCUCUGUUCAACCACACCGACCCUCCAAACGUGUCCUACAUUCGCGACGCAAACACGGAAUCUAUCAAAUACGUUGCCGCACGCGAUAUAGAAGCAGGAGAAGAAUUAUGUAUCUUCUAUGGUCAGAAUCUGUGGUUUAGCCCAGCAGGACAACUGCCAUCGAACAAUGAGGCAGAUCUUGAUGACGGCUGGGGUGGUCUCUCUGCCGUUGAAGAUAAUGAUGGAUCUACCUCAUUAAACCCUUCUACUAUGAACCCUUAUAUCGAAGGAGAUCCAGAAGAAAUUAUACCUGAGGAAGAUCUUCCAUUCGUCAGAUUCAAGUUACCUCCAGAGGAAGAGGAACCCCAUACCAUUCGGACCACGAAGGCGUGGGUUGUCGACGUUGCAGAUCCGCGGCUGAUAACAACACUGUUGAAAUGGAUUAAGCAGGCAGGACUAGAAGGUCCUGAGUUAGGGCACCUUAAACGCAUCCGAAAACACGAGGGAACUACCACCCUACUCUUGAGCAUGGCACCGGAACCUCCGCAACUACCGAAGGACCUGAAUCUCCCUGACCCUUACUUACUUUCUGUUCCGAGUUCCUCCGCGUUAACACUCCCAUCUCUGAAUCUAAAAUCUGAACUAUGGCCAACAAUGUAUACACCCCGUCGCAAGGACGAGCCGGAACCCUGGACGCGGCACAAAUUAAGAUGGGCAUGGGAUGCUAUGAAAAAAACUGUCGAUACUGCAAUUAAUGCUCAAGCGGAAAAUGACGAGUUGCCCGUGGCGGCCCAUAUUCCGACUCCUUAUGUUUUUCCAGGUGCUACAGAGAUCGAAUCAUCGGCGUUGUCGUUCCUUGCAUCUGACACGCGGCGAUCGACUCAUCACCCUCUUCGGCACUCAUCUAUCAACGCUAUCCGAUACCUGGCAGACUACCGCGCAUCUCAGGACCCUCGAAACGACAGACUCGAAAAAGAUGCAGCCUCCUCCGAAUCCUCGCUCGGAGAACCGCAAAAUGGAACCAACUACCUCCUCACCGACCGUACCUUUUUUGUUACCCACGAACCAUGCAUAAUGUGCAGUAUGGCCUUACUUCACUCUCGUGUAAAGGAAGUGGUAUAUCUAUAUCCCAUGCCUCUCACCGGAGGGUGUGGGGGCAGCGCGUGUCUUCCAACUCUUAAGGGCGUUAAUCAUCGCUUCUCAAUCAUGCAGUGGAAAUUGGGCAGUGAUUACGCCAAAUUCUCGAACAAGACUAUUGAGAUUGAUGCCAAAACGGAUGCAUAA